UAUUGCAGAAUUCAACUAGGGCUGGCAGGAUUUUUUUGUUGCGCUUAAUUCUCCUGUAGGGUUGUUAUUUUUUCUGGUAAAUUAAUUUGUUCCAAAGAAGAACCCAAAAAGUAUAAAGAAUUUAUCCGACUACGUACUUUUUUGGUUGGUGCCCCUAGAAAUUUGACGUGCCAUUAUGGCCAAUCAGCCAGAAGUUAUCACCUCCGUUCGCUGCUUCCUUUUUCUAAACAUGAUGACCAUGACUUGUCUUUGUCUAUGUCAUACGUCUAUGUUUCUAACCAGGUCUAGGGUUUUAUUGCGAUUUGUGACAGAUUUUUUGGUGACACAAAAUAGCUGGCAAACUUACCAAAUAUUAAAACUCAUAAAAAACAAAACUUGUAAUCCAGGCCGUCAGAAGAACGCGAUUUGCAAUGGAAAACUAUCCAUUUUUAGAAAAUGGAAAUUCUUCAAAUAAGGGCCAAUUUCCCGUUUCUCCGAUAUUCCCAUUUACUCAGAUGCGGAUGCCUUAUUCCAACAAUCUUCCUUAUGGAAAUGUGCAAUUUCCCAAUGUUUCCCAAAAAGUAUUAAUCAAUCCUCGCUUUCAGUCAAACAAAGUUUUUGUAAAUCCAAAUUUUCCUCGACCAGCUUCUAAAAAGCCAUUUGGCACUUCUAUUUACGUAAAUCCUCGACCCAAAGCCGACAUGAAACCUCAAACAGAAUAUAAAUCGAGAUUGAUGUCGUCCAAAUCUGAAAAUGUUUCGGAAACUUUUAGACCUAAUGCUCAAAUUCACAUUAAUCCCAACGCCAAAGCACAGUCGAUCUUUAUUAAUCCACGAUUUACUGAAGCUCGUGCUCAACCAGAAACGGCUGUCUGUGCAACUAAGGAAAAACCGAGUUGUUUGCCUGCUUCGGCCACUAAGACUGUUUAUUUGAGUAAAACCAAGCUAAUUAGAGCAGCAAAUACCCAGAGCAAUAAGCUGGUGAAGAGAAGACAUUCGGUAAAGUCAAAGUAUAAAAUUGUGAAAUCAGAAUUUUCACCUAAACCAUUAACUUAUACUAACUACGUUGCCUCGAAGACGAAGUUUAAGUUGAAUAAUACCAGCAGAAAGCCCUUGACUAUGACUACAUCAGAAAAGAAGCUAUUUGUUAAGACACGCAGUGCUACGCGACGUAAAAAAGAUUCGUUGGCUUUGGUAAAUAUUAGUGGAAUCCUAUUCAAGAAGUCCAGAAAUUCCAUCAGGAGAGCAUCGAUGUCUGGCGUUCAAAAGCAUCAAGCAGCAAGGAAGACACUAGUUUUAAAUACCAACUCCAAACUAGUUAAAAAAAUGAAGGCUAAGCAUUCCCCAUACGUAGCUGGUAGGAGACAUUCGGUUGUGGAAAAGUAUAAAGUUAUUAGGAGAGACAGUCGUAUAAAGAGUACCCCUCUGAAAAUAGCUACGAAGAAAUUAAGGAAAUGUAAUAUUCCUUGCCCUACAUACAGAAAAUUCGGAGUUUGCAAACGAAAAGAUAAAGGAAAAUGUUCUUGGAAGCAUAAUCCCGACCAGAUAGCUUUAUGUACAAGGUUUUUACAAGGAGCGUGUAUAAAAGAAAAAUGCCUCCUAUCCCAUAAUGUUUCUUCAGAGAAAAUGCCCACCUGCAAGUACUAUUUGGAGGGCACGUGUUCGAAGGAUCUUUGCCCAUACCUACACGUAAAAAUCAACUCGAAGGCCGAAGUUUGUAGAGACUUUUUGGAAGGCUUUUGUAAAAAGGCAGCUCAGUGCAAUAAACGACAUCAGUACUUAUGUCCUGACUAUGAAAAACAUGGAACCUGUCUGAAGCAAAGGUGUGCAUACCCGCAUGGAAAAAUGGUAAGAUCUUACUGCCUAAAUAAAAAUAAAUUUGUCAAAAAAUGUUCUGAAGCCCAAAGUACCACUUCAAACAGUUUGGUGGUCAGCAAGACUGAUUUGAAAGUGGAAACUAAUACACAGCAAUGUAAUGAUAAACGAAGGUACUAUGUUGAAAAUAGGGCAGGGGUAGAUAAUUGCAAAGAAAGUAGUGAUGCAAAAGAAUUUGAAAAUGAUAUUGUUUUGAAAAAUUUUGUUGGUUUAGAAGGGCGCCCCAAAUUGGGCAGUUUGCCUUCUUUUAUACUUUUGGAGACUGAUACCUGAAGCUUAAAACAGAUCAAUUACCUAUUACAGAAUAUUUCUUGGCAGGGUUUACACAUAUGUGAUAUUAUCUACAAGAUGAAUAAAAACAUUUAAUUAA